AUGGGACACGUGACGUUCACGAAUCUAAAAUGUUUCACUAGGAAUAGCACAAUAGCUAAAUUUCAGCAUUGUCAAAUCAAAGCCGUCAAUCGCACCCACAAAUAUAUUGCAGUCCGCAUAAAUAACUAUACGAAAAAUCUGUAUAAUUUUACUUUGAAUAUUAAAUCAUUGCGAUUUGACAAUGGCUAUAAACCAUUCUUUUUUGACGUAACUUUUGAUGCCUGCAAAUAUUUAAAGGACCCAAAGCAUGCCAUCGUCAAUAUGUUUUUCAAAUCAUUAAGGACAUCCUCCAAUCUGAAUCAUAGUUGUCCUUAUAAUCAUGAUAUCAUUGUGGACAAGUUGUGGACUGGAAAUCUUGAGGAUGACUUUCUCAAAUAUCUACCAAUACCAAUUGGCGAAUAUAAUCUAAUAUUUACAUUAUUCAUUCAUAAUUAUGAACUGUUCUCAAUUCAUGUUUUUAUGCAUUUAAGUAAAUAA